GUUGAAAGGCGCGCUUGUGACUUGUGCAAAAGUGUCGAACGUUCGUAUCUGAAAAAGAAAAAAAUCGGCAAUCAUGAGACACCAUAUUCGAUGAAGCAUCUCAGCGUUUUUUAUCAACUUUUAUCUGGCUUCGUUGGCGUUGUUAUUAAUCAUAAUAUAGGUGAACUUGUUGCAAUUUUUUAAAAUCAAUUCGUUAACCCGACGAAAAGUGCGCUCUUGAAAACCGAUCGUGAUCAGUGAUCGCCUUUUCUUCGCUCCAUUUCAAGUAUAGUGCGCAACAAUUUCCUGUGUAUUCGACGCCGGACAUUUAUUUUGUGCGACGAAUAUAAAAUACGAAGGGUUCUUUCGAAACGCGCCAAUUACCAAGAAUAAUCUUUCAUAACGUAUUUUAUUUAUCGAUACUUUCGGAUUAUUUAGUGCGUCGGUGAAAGGGAUUACGCUCCGAAGCAGUGGUUCUGUGUUGUUCAGUCCCCGUAUACGUGUCAGAUAACAAGAAAUCCGGCUUUCCUUCGGCUGAAUUUCUACAUUUUUAUUCGUUUCCGGAUCUGGUACUGCGGUCUGGAGUGCAACUUGUGAACGAAUCGUCACCCCUCGUGCCAAAAAUUUAUGUGAUCCGUGAAUUUUUUGUUCGUUUUGUGAUCUCUUCUCGCAUUUCAAUAAUGAUUUCAAUUGUGUAAAGCAAAGAUAAAUAUUUGAAAGAGUGGCGAAAAAAGUGCGGUCAAAACAUCAAGAUGUUACAAGCAUCGAAGUAAAUUAGCUCGCUCAAAAGAGCUCAGAAAUAUUCUUUCUAAUAAUCCACUGGAUGAUUGUUCUGAUGAAAGUGCGACUCAAUCCCGAGUGACGAAGUAUUUUCCAUUCGUAAUACCUCUGGAAGGCAGAUAUUGUGUUGGAUGAAGCUCUGCGACAGAUAGUACUUACGGAUUGGUCGCAUCGACAAAAUCUUACGAUAUGGAUACCGUACGCGAGUCUCGGAUUACUCGAUCACUGAAGAAUGCAGCCUGCCUGUUUUUUUUAUGCGCCGCACUAACGAGUGUGGGGGCUGUCGAGGAGACGGAGGUGGAUACGCACGAGGGUAAAACCGUAACUUUGAAAUGCCGUUUCCCACCGGUACGAGAGAACGCGACGAGCUUUUGGUUAACUCAUAUGAACAAUUAUCACGACAAUGCGGCGAUCGAUGACAAGGCAUUGUCACCGAAUUAUCGGGUGCAUAUGGAUCUGAACAAGGGGCAAUACGAUCUUGAAAUUCUGAACGUAUCGUACGAGAGCAACAACGGAAAAUACGAGUGCAGGGUAAAAGUGAGCGGCAGCGGAGUUAAUCUUUAUCACAAAAAUGUGACGCUAACUGUGUUAAGAGCACCCGGACCGCCUUCGAUAUCGCCGACAUCGGCAUCUGCGACGGAGAAUAAGACUCUCGAAUUGCAGUGUAAAACAAACGGUGGUAGUCCGGAGCCUGAAGUGCGAUGGUAUCGUGACAACAGUAACGAAGUGUUGCACACCGGACGUACACUAGUUUUGAAUCCAAGGAGGGAGGACGAUCGUGCAGUUUUUCAUUGCGUCGUCCGUAACCGAGCCAUGCUCGAAGGCCACACGUUGAAUGCGACGGUGAUCCUUGACGUUAACUAUUUUCCUCGUGUCAGCGUUGGUCCCGCGAAUCCGUUGAAGGUUGAGGCAAACGGUACGGUAACUUUGCGCUGUGACGUUGCAUCGAAACCACGAGUCGGUACGGUGCGUUGGUUGCGUGACAAAAGCUUCGUCGCGACGAAUUUCGAGCACCGAAUACCGAAGGUAACGCUCCAAGAUGCGGGAAAUUACACGUGCGAGGCUGAUAACGGUCUUGGACGGACUGGCGAAGGUUCCCUUUAUCUUGAUGUCUUAUAUCCACCGAGAGUCGCCAUCGAGGGUGACACUUAUCGCGUUGUUCAGGUAGAAGACACCGUCAACGUUCACUGCAACGUUUCAUCCAAUCCGGAACCCUCGAUUAUCGAAUGGGUCAGAACAGGCAGACCAGAAUUUCGGCAAAUUGGAAAAAUUCUCAGACUCCAACGAGUGACCGCUGAUCAAGCUGGCAACUACACAUGUCGAGCCACGAACACGAUCCACCCGAGUGGCGGAGAACCUCAACUUUAUUCGGCCACCGCCAUGGUCAACAUUCGCGUAAGACACAAGCCCGGACCAGCCAGAGUUACACCAGGGUCACCAGUAGCGGUCGAAGGUUCCCGCGUCAUUUUGACAUGCACAGCCAGCCCUGCUGGAUAUCCCGUACCUGAAUACAAAUGGUGGAAAGAAAGCGAAGAUGGCAGCAUGAUGAUGGUGCCCGAAAUAUCUGGCCAAAAAUUCGUCAUCCCGAACGUUCAUCUUGGUAGCGACGGUGGAUAUCAAUGUCAGGCUUGGAAUGAAAUUGGGAGUAGUGAGCCUGCCAAUGUCAGACUUACUGUUUAUCAACCACCCAAAAUACUCACCAAACUGCAACCUCACGUCACCAAAAAAAUCGGCGAGUCGUCGUUCAUGGUGUCGUGCGUAGCUCAAGGGAAACCUAUGCCAGUAGUGGUUUGGUUGAAGAACGACGCGAUGCUCACUGCAGAUGAAAGUCGGUACAGUGUCAAGACUUCAUCAUCAACGGGGCACGGUAACGUGAUAACCGUAAACUCUACGCUGAGUUUCCUCGGUCACGCGAGGCCCCAAACUGACAAGAUAGUGGCGACUGAUCGCGGCAAAUAUACCUGUCGAUUUGAGAACGAAGUCAAGAGGGUCGAGUCAACUAUGAUGCUCAAGGUUGAGCACGCACCAAUCGUAUUACACAAACACGAUAAAGUUGCGGCUAGCGUCGGCGAAGUUGCGAGCGUCGAAUGCAAAGUACAGGCUUGGCCGAAGCCCGAAUUUCAAUGGAUCUUUACGAACAGCCCAGCAUCGCUGCAGCGCUCAUCGAGCGAUGGGCACUAUGAGAUCUCGACAAUGGGCGAUUCGGACGAUAUCUACACGUCUGUGUUGAAGAUAAGCGACAUCAAAGAGUCAGAUUACGGCGAAUACACAUGCAGAGCUAACAAUUUACAAGGCUUUGGCAAUUCGAGUAUAAAACUUCAACGUAAGGGUGCGCCUGAAAAGCCUACGAACGUAACAGCCGUGAUCGUUGCCCCAACCCACGUUGCUCUUGCCUGGGAAGUUGGCUUUGAUGGUGGUCUACCAAUCACCAGAUAUUAUGUGUUUUAUCGCCGUAUACCCGCUGAGGAUGAAGUCGUUGCACCUGAUUGUGCACCACCCCGUGGACCAGCUGGACAAUGGCAAGAAGUUGAUUGCGGUCGUUCCAAUCCCUGCAACAUAACCGACCUCGAGCAACAUCAAACGUAUACUUUCAAAGUAAAAGCCUACAAUACCCACAAUAGUUCUGAUUAUUCGGACGAAGUGACCGAGACAACCGCCGUCGCUAAAAUCCCGACUCCUCUGCGCGUCACUUACGAUCCUGAGAGUGGCAAUCUAGCCAUAAAUGUCGGUGCAACGUGUUUGGCUCUCGUUGCUUUGAUCGAAAGAUCUGAAGAUGGAUCGCCCGAUGCUUGGAAAAUUAUCGAAAACUGGCACCUUGAGGUACUUGGAAGUGCGCCCACACAAAGAGAAGCUCCCCUUGAUCGCCGCGACAUUUCCGAUAUCAAUUCGCGCAUCAGGGUACGACUUUGCCUUAAACUUGAUCGUCAGAAAUGCGGAGAGUACGCCGAAGCUAAAAUCGGACCGCCGUACUUUGCUAAGGCCGGUGCUUUGGCGACACCAACCCUUAUAGCUCUGGUCGUGAGUGGAGCAGUUUUCCUCCUCUUUGCUGCUUUGCUUCUGCUUUUCUGUCGUUGCCGAAGAAAACAUGCUGCCAAAGCCAAGGACUAUGAAAUGGACUCUAACGCCGUCCGACCAAGCCUUGUAACCGGAAACGGACAACAAACUCAAGCGCCGCCACCAUAUUAUGCCGAAAACAAAGCCCUCGAACACAGUCUCGAUCACGCUCUAGCUCUUGAGGACUCCAAAACACCAGCUUAUGUCCAGCCCGGCUAUGGUUAUCAUCAGCCUAAUCACAACAUCAAUGGUGUUAAUAUGGGAUACAUGGACAACAGCUAUUCAAACUCGAACAACGGUGGUUCGGUAAACUCGCAGGAUUCAAUAUGGCAGAUGAAAUCAGCAGCAGCAAAUGGAAUAAAUCAACCGUACGAUCUUGGUGGAUAUGCAACGACCGAGUCUGAUUAUCCUGCUCAUCAGCAUUACAUGCCACAGCGGGACGAUUACAGAGAGAAUCACAAUCCCAGCAGGCAACAAUUUUGCUCGGAGCCUUUCGCAACGGUUGUUAAAUCCCAGAAGCAUGUUGAUUCACCGUACGAUGUGUCAGGACUUCCCUACCAAGAGGCAUAUGACGAAGACGCAAAGCCACCGCAGCAAGUGAGCCUGUCGUACGACGAGAGCUUGGAGUCCGGUUACUCAACGCCAAACAGCCGACGACCACGAGUAAUAAGAGAAAUAAUUGUUUGA